AUGGUGCUCGGGAAGGUAAAGAGCUUCACGGUGAGCUACGACUGUCUCAAUGACAGCAACGUGCCCGUGUUCUCCAGCGGGGACUGCGUCUCAGGGAGGGUGGUCGUCGAGGUGACCGGCGAGAUCCGCGUCAAGUCCCUUAAGAUCCACGCCAAAGGCUUCGCCAAAGUUCGCUGGACCGAAUCGCGGAACGCCGGUUCCAACACCGCCUAUACGCAAAACUACACGGAGGAAGUGGAAUAUCUCAACCAUAAAGACGUUCUCAUUGGACACGAGAGAGACGAUGACAACUCUGAGGAAGGACUCACCACUAUCCAUUCAGGAAGACACGAGUAUGCAUUCAGCCUGGAGCUUCCACAGACACCUCUGGCUACCUCUUUUGAAGGGAAGCAUGGCAGCGUGCGCUAUUGGGUAAAAGCAGAACUCCACCGGCCGUGGCUUCUUCCCAUCAAGACCAAGAAGGAAUUCACCGUCUUUGAGCACAUUGACAUCAACACUCCGUUACUGCUGUCACCACAGGCCGGCACAAAGGACAAGACUCUUUGCUGUUGGUUCUGCACCUCAGGUCCAAUUUCCCUAAGUGCCAAAAUUGAACGGAAGGGGUACACCCCAGGAGAGUCGAUCCAGAUCUUCGCAGAGAUCGAGAACUGUUCGUCCCGCAUGGUGGUUCCUAAGGCAGCCAUCUAUCAGACGCAGACUUUCUAUGCCAAAGGGAAGAUGAAGGAGGUCAAGCAACUAGUGGCCAACCUGAGGGGAGAGUCCCUGUCCUCAGGCAAGACUGAGACCUGGAGCGGCAAAAUGCUUAAGAUCCCUCCAGUGUCGCCUUCCAUCUUGGACUGCAGCAUCAUCAGAGUGGAAUACUCCCUAAUGGUGUAUGUGGACAUACCAGGGGCAAUAAACCUUUCCCUGAACCUGCCACUAGUCAUUGGAACCAUCCCCCUGCAUCCGUUUGGCUCCCGUACAUCCAGCGUGAGCAGCCAAUGCAGCAUGAGCUGGCUGGGGAUGGGUCUUCCCGAGAGGCCUGAAGCUCCUCCAAGCUAUGCGGAAAUCGUGACUGAAGAGCAGCGGCAGAGCAGCCUGGAUGUACCGGCGGCUCGCGAAGAUCUGGAUGGACCUCUUUUUGCCUACAUUCACGAGUUCCGCUUCCAGCCUCCACCUCUCUACUCAGAGGUGGAUCCUAACCCCGACCACACCGACCGUCCAGAAGUGCGCAGGGCCGACGCCUGUCCAUCACGCUGA